UCCACAUUGCAGUUCCACGUGCUUCACGCUGUCCACCAUGCCAACCUUACCUGAAGACAAGGGACAAUCAAAAGAGGCACAACACAACAGUUCUCCUCCAGCCAAAGACACUACUGUUGAAGGGACAACAUGCAGUACGCCUUCUAUUGUUCUUCCAGAGAAUGCUGUUACGCCAGACGUAGAAAUUGAUAAAAACCUGGUUAACAGGCCUCGUAGUCCUCAUAGGAGGCAUUCUAACCGUGCCACUAGAAAUUCAACAAGUUCAUUGACUUCUGUUGACACCAGCGGUCAUGUGAUUGAUCUGGUAAAUGAUCAGCUACCAGAUGUGAAAAUAUCAGAGGAAGACAAAAAGAAGAACCUUGAAUUACUUGAAGAAGCAAAGAAAGUGAGUGAGAGGUUUCUAAUGCGCAGAGGCAGAAAGUCAAGAAGCAGCCUUCCGGAGUCACCCACAGCAGUUUCCCCUACACUUAGUCCUAAAGUGUCACCAGUAGCAUCUCGGAGCAACUCUCUCACUCUUCCAGUUCCAUCAGGGUCUGAUGCAUGCACAACCACUAGUGUUGAGUCAGUAUCUCCAGGGCAGAAUAACAGAACUGUGAAAGAGGAUGACAGGCAAACUGCAGAGAAUGCUGCAAAAGGAUUAAUUGAUCGAAGGCAGAAUGAUCAAAGAAAGAUUUCUCAGGGAAGAUUGGUUCCUCGUUCUGCUGGUUUUGAAAACUCCAAAGAGAACCUCUCAGAGCAAAAAGAAAACUUUGAUCCACGUAAACAUAUGGAUACUUUACCUAAAUGCCCUCCUUCAGGUGGUGAUGGUGGCAGAAUGUCUCUUAACACUUGCAUGAAUGUUUGUGAAAAUGAACUUGGAAAAUCAUUCCUCAAGAAAGCAAAAGAAAAUGAUGUUCCUCUAAGAACCUAUCUACCAGGGCCAGGAAUAGGGAAUAUAGACUCAAAGCUAAAAAUUCCUCUUCCAGAAAUGAGGGACCAUAAAGUUUCAUGUAAACCAGAAUUUAAACUGUGUGGACUGCGUCCUCCUCUCUUACGGGCUGUAUCAUGGGAUAGCUUGGAGCCUGGACAGAAAGAUAAAACACCUUUAAAAUUACCAUCUGAGGAAGAUAAAAGCUUUGUUGUUGGUAAUAAAUCCAACAAUCAAUUAAAAGCAUUCAAAGACCUUCAAAUCCAAGUUCAACCAGUUCGAAUGCAGAAAUUGACAAAGCUCAGAGAGGAACAUAUUUUGAUGAGAAAUCAAAAUUUAGUCGGACUUAAACUUCCUGAACUUAGUGAAGCAGCUGAACAGGAAAAAGGCCCUUCACCUCUCCCCUCCCCCACUGAAGAGGAAGAGACAAAGACUAGCUCUGAUGUCAUGCCCAGCAUUCCUGAUGUAUUGCUGCGAAAACUACGAGUGCACAAAUCACUUCCAGGAAGCUCUCCUCCACUUACUGAAAAAGAAGUUGAGAAUGUAUUUGUACAACUUUCCUUGGCAUUUAGAAAUGACAGUUAUACCUUGGAAUCUAGAAUUAACCAAGCAGAGAGAGAGAGAAAUCUUACUGAAGAGAAUGCUGAGAAAGAACUGGAAAACUUUAAAGCAGCCAUUACGUCUUCAGCUCACUUAUGGCAUCACUAUGAACACAGAGAAGCUUACCAGAAGCUAUUGGAGGAUAUUGCUGUUCUGCGACGUUUAGCUGCUAGACUAUCUAGUCGUGCUGAGAUGGUUGGAGCCGUUCGCCAGGAGAAGCGUAUGUCAAAGGCAACAGAAGUAAUGAUGCAGUAUGUGGAAAAUCUGAAAAGAACAUAUGAAAAGGAUCAUGCUGAACUAAUGGAGUUCAAGAAACUUGCCAAUCAGAAUUCUAGCCGAAGCUAUGGUGCAUCUGAAGAUGGAGUGCCUCGUUCAACUAGAUCCAUGUCUCUUACUGUCGGAAAGAAUAUGCCUCGGAGGAGAGUCAGUGUUGCUGUUGUUCCUAAAUUUAACUCCUUAAACAUUCCCGGUCAGUCACCAACAGCUUCACCUGUACCUUCAUUGCCAUCCCUGUCUGAAUCACCUAGUAAUGGAAGGAGCAACCUAACAUCUACUCCUGUUCUACCAGCACUUUUAGAAAAUGGAAAGACUAAUGGAGAGCCCGACUGUGAAACCUCUACCUCUGUGCUGACACAGAGUGGGCUGGAAGAGAUCAAUCCUGAAACUAAAGCCAAGAUAGAAGAGGAAGCGUAUAACAAAGGCUAUCAGGAAGGCUUGAAGAAAACCAAAGAACUUCAAGAACUGAAGGAAGAAGAUGAAGAGAUACCAAAAGAAAGUCAUGAUGAACCUGAAGAAAGUGAAAAUGAAGAUGAGAUAAAACACCUGAAAAGCAGCAGACUUGAAGUCAUCAUUAAUUAUUUACAUAUACUGUACCCCAAACUGUGUAAACACUGGAAUGUGGUAUGGCUUUUAGUGGCGGCGAUAAUCGUUUUUGCUGUGGUGUUGGGAAUCUACCAUUCAUACAACUCCUGUGAUGAAAAAUCAGAGGGACCUGAAGGGAAGGCCAGCUGUUCUGCUGCCCAGCAAUAUUCCUGGUGGAACUCAGGAUUUCGACAUGAACAACGCACUGAAUAA